CACGCAACUUGUGGUGAAUUGACAGGAGACUCUAUCUGGUCUGGUUUGCAGACAGCAGCAAGAACUUUGUGACACAACAUCUGUACAAUGGCCGACAAGCUCGCCAAGGUGAGAACAAAGUUCGUGGAACAGGUGUCCAUACCAACUCUUGAUCGGCUCCUAGACAACAUUUUGGAGGAUCGCAUUGUGAACGACUGGCAAAAAGACGCCAUACUAGAGGGGAACAGCACCAGAGAGAACAAGGCGCGCUGCCUCAUCGACACGGUGAGGAGAAAAGGCGAUAAAGCCAGCAUGAUGAUGAUUGAUCACCUUCAAAACUGUGAUCGCUUUCUUUACACUGAGCUGGGCCUCGGCCCGCUACCGCCUGCUCCACCUGAGCCUCGGAGCAUUAAGGAGGGGGGCUGGUCGACCACACUCAUCCCCACUACUGAUGAUUUCUGGAGGAAUAAACAGAACAAGACAGCUAUUUACCCUGUGACCAAAGAUAACUAUAGGAAUCGUGUGGCGCUGCUUAUCACCAAUAUAAAGUUCACGCUUAAGAAAUUAGACAGACGUGGAGCUGAGAAAGACGAGGAGAACGCAGAGAAACUUCUCACCGAUCUGGGAUACGAGGUGGUGAAAUACAGAAACCUCACUGCAAAGGCCAUCGAUGAUGCUUUAAUCAGGUUCUCUAAACAUCCAAAACUCCAAGAGACAGACAGCGUGAUGGUGGUUAUCAUGUCUCACGGGAAACUGGGAAAUAUCCUAGGUGUCGACUGGAAACCGAAAGCUACACCACUGCAAACCUCUAAAUCUGAUGACCAGGAACCGGAUGAGUUCCCAAUUGAAAACAUUUAUAAACAAUUGGGUCCAGAGAAAUGUCCGGCUCUGCUGAACAAAACUAAAAUCCUCAUCAUCCAGGCCUGCAGAGGAGAGGAGGAAGGCGCUGUGCUGGUGAGCGACUCUGCGGCUGUGCCUAAUGAAAUCAGAAACCAAGGGGGUUCUCCUGAUAGUUGGCAAAGAAUCGAACACAGAGAAAAAGACUUCAUCUCAUUUCUCUCCUGCACGUCUGGCACCAAGGCAUAUAGAGAUCGAAAUCUCGGGUCCUUUUUAAUCCGGUUUAUUGUCGACGUAUUCAACACCGCCGCAUAUGAGGAUGACAUCGAGGAACUUUUCAGAAUAGUCAUGCAACGCUUUGAAGAGUUCUGCCCUUUAAACAUAAGGCAGAUGCCGACCAAGGACAGAUGCACACUGACAAAACACUUCUACUUUUAUCCAGGUCUCAAUCUUGUUUGAGAUAUUCCUGUUAUAAACGUGUUAUGAUAUCUUCAGGGGUUGUACACGUGUUCAUAAUGUGUGCUAUUGGCACAUAGGGAUCUAUUUACUUCCACGGCCCAUGUCUUUGUCAGUUUUGUAUUAUUACAUUUUUACCCUUGGGUUAGGGUUUGGCCAGAGAAUCUUUUUUAUCCCAGGGUUAAGGGUUGCAGAUCUUAGCUGACACUGGUUGAGAGGUGGGGGACACCCUCGGUCCGGACAGAUUAAUAUUGCAGGGUUGUGUGUGUGUAUAUACGCAGUUAAAGAAAAGUACAGUGAAAUUUCAUACUUUUGUACUUUUACUUGUGUAAGAUUCAUCAACAACAGUUCACACUGUGAUGUAACAUUUAUGAGUAAACAAGAAAAGUUAAAUAUGAGAAUUGAAAAGACAAUUUGCGUCUCUUUGCACAUUUGACUAUAUGCACAUUCCCUUUGAACAUUGUUAAAAUUGUCUACCUCAGUCUUUAUUGAUGGGUGUGAUGAGUGAAUAUGAAUUAGGAUUUUUCUUAACUUCGAUUUUUCAUCUUUGAUUUAUUUUAUUCUGUUUUUAUAUUGUUGUAUUUAGACAUGUAUCGACAACAUCAGGUAGAGACAUGUGGAAAAAAGAAUUUCAUUGCAUUGAUAACUUGAUAUUUCUGCCUUUGAAUCCUUGAAUCCUUGUUGGACUUUGAAGAAAAUCGUCUGUCAGUCAAUGCCUCCAAAUCAAAAACACAAACGCACCGAAUGUGAUUUUUCAGACAAACUUUACUUGAAAUUAAAAAAAAACAAAAAAACAACUUGGAUCAUACAGACAUAACCAUGUCUUCACAAUACAACACAAAGGCAACAGGGUGAGUAGGCCACAUUGAAUUCAUACUGACUGAAGUUCAUUCAUACAA